AGUCGAGAAUAACUUCACAGACACAGCUCAAAGCGAAAGCAAACUCAUGAGCGACGCAUUUUCACUCAAUCUGUGAAUACGACGACAUGAAUCUCUCUAAGGGAUGAAAAUCACACGAGUCUUUUUUUUAUACAUGAUGUUUUAUGGUGCAUCGGUCUAAUGGACAUAACUCUAAAAAAUGACUAUGACUUCACUGUCUGAAAGUUUGGUGGCUUCAGACCCCUCAAAAUCGGCAUUUCUGGAGUUCAGUCACGGCUACCAGACUCACCAGCAGCAUUCGCCCGGUGUAUCUCACGCGCACUAUCCCGUGCACGGUUUACAUCAAGGCGCGCAUCCGCAGUACGAAACGGCAUUUUCCUCUGGAGCUCCUUCGUACGGCCGUCCAUUAAGUUACCAUUACCCGAGCGCCCAUCACCAUCCCGGAGCUUACUUACCUUAUCAACACAACAGUCAUAACAGCGCAGCCGGUCAUUCAAGAGUAGAGGACGGAGAAUCGGAGAAGCAGAGCUCUAUUGAGAGUGGAGAAAUCCGACUGAACGGGAAGGGAAAGAAGAUCCGCAAACCCCGCACCAUCUAAUCGAGUCUGCAGCUGCAGGCGCUCAACCAGCGCUUCCAGCAGACCCAGUACCUCGCGCUCCCUGAACGCGCUGACCUGGCUGCCAAAAUGGGUCUGACACAAACCCAGGUAAAGAUAUGGUUUCAGAACAAACGUUCCAAGUACAAAAAGAUCAUGAAACAUGGCUCGAGUGGACCAGAAGAGCACCUUCAAGCAGCUUCAGUCUCCGGACCGCCAUGUUCCCCUGGAAUGCCACCCCUAUGGGACGUUUCCAUGUCAACAAAGGGUGCACCCAUUCACUCUGGAGGAUAUAUGAACUCUUUUGGACACUGGUACCCUGGUCAUCAUCAAGACCCAAUGCCUAGAACUCAAAUGAUGUGACUGGAUGUGUAGGACAUUUGCAGUGUAUCUACCCCCCUACUGAUUUUUACCAGUACACUCUGUUUCAGAUCACGCCAGCCCUCUUUUAGCACAGUUUACUCACACUCAGACUUCUCUCGAAUUUCUCCUCAGUAUGUUCUUCAUGAAGAUUUGUGUUGCUGAAAUGUUUUGUCGCUUGCAGGUUUGUGUGGGGAAAUUGCUGAAAGACUGGCAAAACAGCCUGACCUCGCUCUAUACUUUGGAUUUUGUUAGCUCUUUUGUAGGUUUAAAUAAAAUGCCAUUGUCUAGUUCUCUUGUACCAUCUUACAAAUAUUCCAAAGCCUGCAACCUCAGCAAUCUUUAAGAAAUACAGGUGCCAUGAUUCCUUGUGUGAAAUAUUAGCUUUCUAAAUAACUGGCAGAGAAAUUACUUAAAUGACACUAAAUGCGAAGGUGGAAAUCUGCUUGCUUGCUUUCCUUGAUUUAUUUGUUUUUUUAACAUAUGAAUAUGCUUAAUAUUAAUUCAUGCAUUGGCUUUUGAUAUGUUUUACAUUGCAUUCAUCCAACAACAGAAAAAAGAACUGCUACUACAAUGACUACUAUUUUUAUACAUUCACAAUAAUAUUCAUCCAUAUUCAACUCAACAAUAAAUUUGACUUCUGUCCCUCGACAACAGCUGCCAACAUCAUGAUUACUAAAUGACUCACAGACUAAAAGUAAACGGAUUUACUCAUUUAACACCUGAUGACCGGGGGGGGAUUGCGAAAUGAUUUACUUUAUAUACACCACAGUAAUUAUAAUAUAAAUAAUG